UUGAUUAUCUCGUGGAUAUUCCUCUGGGUUCUUGUCAUGUGAUACAUUUUCAAGCCUAGGAGUUACUCGACGACUUCCCUUUUUCCAGCUGCAACUUUUGCGUGUUACUAGAAUGCUUCCACAGCUUAGCUAAUGCAUUUUUCAAAAUUUAGAGAUCCUCCGUUGCCGUCUGCUGUCUCAGCAGGAGCCUGUAUUGAAAUAUAUAAAUAAACUAACAAAUUCAGACUAGGGAUCUGUUUAGCCCGUGAGCUAGCCUUGCGUGCACAGGAAUUCGCGAAAUCUGGUGCCCACUGCUGAAAAAUCGAUGGCUUGGAAGCGAGACCUUGGAGCAUCUUGGAAGGAACCAUGGAGCGAAACUCACUCUUACCAGACGUGCGGGACACGGACACCUCUGCGCCGGACCGGUAUAAAACCGAACCCCCCGCACAGGAUUCACCGGGAAAACCGGUGCUCCGGCACAUGUCAGUCGGCGAGAAGACGGCCGAGGCGCCGGCCAACGACGGCGGCGGUAGCCAGCCGAAGGCGGCGCCGGCCCGCGGGAGCGCCCGGUUCGAGCGCCUCCUGUCCGGGCUGGGCGCCGGUCCGCUCGUGGACGUGGAGCCCGACAAGGUCAAGGACGAGAUCCGGCGAUGGGCCAAGAAGGUGGCGGCGCUGGUGCGCCAGCUCAGCUUCGGUGCCUGGCCGGAGAAGGGCGACGGCUCGUCGGAGCAGCAGGGCGCGAGCGAUGAUACGUCCGCAGGCUGAGCAGCUAAAGCUGGAGAUUAACUUUCGCACGCUGUAACCAUAAAACUUCGCUGACAUGCUUACAGACGUCGCCGGGCAACA